UGAAAUGUUUUGUGGGUGGCAUACAUCAGUCCUGAAAUGAGUUAAAAAUUUGAUUUUUGCUCCAUAUUCCAGGGGAGCCAGGCAACUGCUAAAAUAACGUGAUAGGCGCUUUAACACGCUGCCCGCAACAGCGCCUCCCCAAGCGUCACUACAAUCCGGCUUCACUGUACUCUCCGCGCACCUGGAGAUCCGCGUAACGACGCGUAGCAUCUGCUGACGUCUGGACAUUGCGCGCGGUCCGAGCAUUCUUGAAGGUGCAUUUUGCUCAGCAUCGCCGCCGCGAGAUCCAGAGAGGCAGGCAGCCUCCCGGAAGAAAAAUAGCUCAGUCUGCGCGAUGCACGAGACGCAGAACGUAACGACCGGCACGCAUCGUGGGAGCGCAGUAUUGUGGAAUCGGGUCGUUGUGUAAACUUUCCCGCACAAACUGCCUGGGAUGUGACAGACAGGGGUGCCAUUGCUCUCCGGUGACAAGUGGACUGUAUUUACACCAUCCUUCUAAAUAAGGAAGCAGGGCUGUCAGACAUAUGACCACCGUCCCGAUUUGGGCGCUGCUAGAGUGCCCAUCGCAUCCCAUGAUCGCGCGCAAGCUGUCCAAUAAGGCUCAGCAUGCGACCCCCAUUGCGCACGUGGAGUGACAGCAGCGUCCCAUCAUCAUCAGUCCGCCGCUCCAACUUUCUCUCUCUCUCUCUCUCUCUCUUUCUCUAUCUCUCUCUAUCCUCCCCCAUCCCCUGAUAUAUGAUGUCAUUCAUGUAAGGAUGAGAGUGGCUUCUGAGGUGAGAUAGGGAUUUUGGUGAGUGGCAUUCUCCACGACCCAAAGCUUCGGAACUGCAAAACAUGGUCAUCACCACCUUCUCCACCUCAAGUCGUGUCUCCGCGCUCUCUUCCCGUUCUUCCGCCGCUCUCAUCUCGGGCCACCGUCGCAUGCCCGAAGUUCUGACCUGCCUCGCUAAAUUAAGCCUGCAGCACCAUGCCGAGGGAAGAAAAACUAGAAGAGUGGUAUUUUUAGUGUCAUUAAUUUUGACCACGUGUCCCGAAGGUAAACCCGAUGGCCAUUGCGCAAAGGCUCCUCAUCAGUAUGUCCUGCGAGGCCAACGCGCAACACUGGCCAAGGACUGCCGUUCUGCUCUUGGGAUUGCUCCUAUUUGGGAUUGUGUCCUCCAGUCCGCUUCCGAGUAGGACUAAUAGGACAACUUUACUGGAGAAGCGAUGGGAGAGCCUCUUCUCCCGCUCCGUGCUGGGGAUCUCUGGAGAGAGACCAGAGGCGAACUGGGAGAAUGACUAUUUGCUGGGCAUCAAAAGAGUGCGGAGGCUGUACUGCAAUGUAGGCAUCGGGUUUCAUCUUCAGGUCCUCCCAGACGGCAAGAUAAACGGUGUACAUAAUGAGAACCAGUACAGUCUCACAGAGAUCUCCACUGUGGCCAGAGGAGUGGUUAGCCUGUACGGUGUGAAAAGCAAGAUGUUUGUCGCAAUGAAUAACAGAGGAAGGCUGUACGGAACGGCUACCUUUAAAGAUGAAUGCAAGUUCAAGGAGACCCUGCUGCCAAAUAACUACAAUGCCUAUGAGUCCUCUGUUUACAAGGGAUUCUAUGUCGCUCUCAGCAAACACGGCCGAGUGAAGCGAGGCAACAAGGCCACCACCGCCAUGACAGUCACCCACUUCCUCCCACGAAUAUGAGCAGACUCUUGCAAUAAUUCUUCAUUUGCACUGAUCUCCCCGAGAGAUCUGAAAACUGACACACAAACAUACAAGAAACUGCAAGAAUGUCACCAAAAUAGUACUACUACAUUUUUAUAUGUAUAUUUGGAUAGGUUAGCUUUUUAUUAGGAUCUCUGAAUAUUCUAUCCAUCGCUGCUUACUUCUUUUCUUUAUACAUAUAUAUAUUAUUGGUCAUGGAUGUGGAGGCUCUCCCUGCCUUCCUUUCUGUAAUCAGGUGCUUGCCAAGAAUCAAACAGACUCUACGAUGGAUGAUGGAAGUCCUCCUCAGCUUUUUAUAGUGAAAUUAUGUUUUUUAUUACCUCAAAGAGCUACCUAGAUGGUUUAAAAGAAUGCAUGUAGUUUUGCUUGUUACUUUUAGUUCUGUCUGAGCCGAUACAAGCAUAAUUUUUUUACAAAUAUUUGACAAUUUUGUUUUCUGUUUUUCUCAUUCUUAGGGGUUGUGCAAGCACUUAAAAGAAAGCAGAUCUCUCUUGCUGCAUGUCGCACUGAGGUGCCUUGGCAUUCCCGCACACCGCCCCUUUAACAUGCAUGCUCUGAACGCCCCAGGGCGUCAGAAAUAGGGCUGAUAUGUUAGCCAGGGCCCCGCGGGGACUGUCCCACAAGGGCCCCAGAGAGGGGCGAGGGGGAUGGGUGUGCAUCUCUGCUUUAUUUUACUUUUCUCUAAUUAGAGAACACUGUAUGAGACACGAGAGCAGCUUGUAAACAUUGAUCAUCUCUGGCAUUCGGCAUCAUCUGCUGUCAACUAAGAAAUGAGGUAUAACUUUAGCCCCUUUCACUGGUAAUCCCAGUAAAUUGGCAUAAAACUUACGAGUACGCAGUGGCUUUGUACUGCUAAGAGACCAUUCAUGCAUCAGUACAAAAAUACUGGUGAACUCUGUGAUGUCAGUCACUCGAAGUGAUGCAGUACUUUUUCUUCGUUAGCUCGUAUGCAUUUUGAGUUUGACAAAAAAUGUUGCCUUCUGAGCAACAGGAGUAAGGGGAUGAUUAUGGAAACCUGUUUCCUCCACCAAAUAUAAAAAAGUUUAAUCGAUAAUUGCUGUUUUUUAUUGCACAAUUUUGACUUUUGAAAAAGUGAACAUUACGCAAUUCUGAGAAGUCCAAAUUGUGAGGUAUAGACUUGCAUUUGAGAGAUAAUUAGUUGCAAUUUUCAUGGCAAGAAAAAAAUGGUGUUUUGAUCUUAAAAACACAAAACAGCACACAAUAGUAUCCAAAACACUGCUAGAACCGAUUUACUGGUAUUU